CACACGCACUUGCCUCAGCGAAGCUCGCGUCCCAAGAAACGUGUCCCAGGCGCCACGCCGUCGGUUUCCAGGGAAACCCGGCGCCUCUUAGCAACGCCGCGCGCAGCCUGGGUCGUUUCCGGGCGCCCCCAGCCUAGCCAUGGCGGCCGCGGGUCCCAGCGUCUUCCUACUCAUGGUCAACGGGCAGGUGGAGAGCGCCCAGUUUCCAGAGUAUGAUGAUCUCUACUGCAAGUACUGCUUUGUGUAUGGCCAGGACUGGGCCCCCACGGCGCUCCCUCUGGCUUCUGUGUCCAGAGCAGAUGGGGGAGCAGGGGCCGAAGAGGGACCACGGACUGUUACCAGAACAGAGGAACGAAGACAGCACGGAGACAAGGCGCGGCCCUGGGGCUGGCGGCAGGCGCUGGCAUUUCCAGUAUAUUUUGAAGGCGGAGGCAACGCGGUUUCCUCUUGGACAGAUGUGGGGCAGGAGAGAGAGGAGGGUCUGGAGGAGGGCAUCUCACAGAUCACAUCCAAGAGCCAGGACGUGCGGCGAGCACUGGUGUGGAACUUCCCCAUCGACGUCACCUUUAAGAGCACCAACCCGUAUGGCUGGCCACAGAUCGUGCUCAGUGUGUACGGACCAGACGUGUUCGGGAACGAUGUGGUCCGAGGCUACGGGGCGGUGCACGUACCUUUCUCACCCGGCAGGCACAAAAGGACCGUCCCCAUGUUUGUCCCCGAAUCCACGUCUAAACUGCAGAAGUUUACGAGCUGGUUCAUGGGACGGCGGCCCGAGUACACAGACCCCAAGGUGGUGGCUCAGGGUGAAGGCCGGGAAGUGACCCGGGUCCGCUCGCAGGGCUUUGUCACUCUCCUCUUCAACGUGGUGACCAAGGACAUGAGGAAGCUGGGCUACGACACUGGGCCUCCUGACACGCAGGGCGCCUCAGGGCCCAGCCCGCAGCAGGGCCUCCCCCCGUGAAGGCCCCCGCCCGGCCCCUGCCACGGCCACGGACUCUGGCCACGCCGCCGCGCAGGCCAGGCGGCCCUCAGAGAACGCAGGGCUGUCCUUCCAGAGAGUUGGCCAUGGAUCCAUCUGCUUGACAUGCAGCCUCGGGGGGCUGGGAGGCGUGGGGGGGAGAUUUUUAUAUAAUAAAGCAUCACCUUUUCACUGAA